GAGGGAAUUCCCUAAUUCCCGCUUUUCUCUAAAUUCCCUAAUUCCCGCUUUUCCCGGAGAUUUGGGAUCAGGGAAUGCCCAUUCCAGGCCCUGGCGCUGCCGCGGGCUCCUCCCUGCCAGCAUCGCGGCCACCUCGGGGCCACCACGGGGCCACCACGGGGCCACCUCGGGGCCACCGCUGUCCCCGCCACGGGACGGGAAUGGGACGGGAUUGGCGCCUUCCCAUUCUCACCCCAUUCCCGCCCCAUUCCCGCAGAAUUCCCGGACGAUGCCCCCCGGCCGCUGAAGUUGGGGACAGCGACAACGCCGGAGCGCGCAGGGGACAGAUGGCGACGGCCAGAAAGGGCAGCAAGCUGAAGGGGACAGGAGUGCGCUUCUCCACCGAGGGGACACAGGGCCACCGCCAGGAGGGGACACGGGGCCACCCCCCGGAGGGGACCCACGGCCACGUCCACUUCCAGGAGCAGCUGCACGACUCAGCCGUGAUGGUGACACAGGACAAGGACGGCCACUUCCUGGUCAAGGUGGGAUUCCUGAGGAUCCAGCACAAGUAUGAGAUCACCUUCCUGCUGCCCCCCGUGCCGGCGCUGGGCAGGGACGUUUGUCCCCUCCCUGUCCCCAACCCCAACCUGCGCGUCCUCGGUGUCACCUCCCUGCCAGAAGGGCACAGCGUGCGCUGCGAGUACACGGCCAGCAAGGAGGGGGUGCUGAUGGAGGAGCUGCUCCUGGCCGGACACGGCCCCCAGCACGUCAGGGUCACCAUCCAGGCCCGGGUCAUGGACCGGCACCACGGGACGCCGAUGCUGCUGGACGGGGUGCGCUGCGUGGCGGCCGAGCUGGAGUACGACUCGGAGCAGAGCGACUGGCCCGGCUUCGACUGACCCCAAACCCCGCCCCGGGGGGCCCCAGAACCCCCAAAGCGCAGGACGGUCCCCAAAGCGGGCGGGGGGGACCCCGCUUGCUGCUGCUGCCGCUGCUUCGCCCUCACCCCGCGGCCCCGGGGCCGCUUUUGGGGGAGUUGUGCCUCUCGGGGUGGGAAUUCUCCUCUUUUGUGGGCUGGGGGAGGAAUUUUGCCUGUGGAAUGCGGGGCGGGAGCCGGGAGUCCCCCGUGGCUCCGGGGUUGGGGCCGUGUCCCCCAGCCGUGUCCUUGUGUUGCUGCCAGCGCCUCUCUUUUGGGUUUUUUUAAUGUUUUUCUCAGAUUUUUCCUGGUUUUUUUCCCUCUUUUCCUGUUUGUUUUUUUUUUAUCUCGUGGUACAAGGACCAGGAGCAGUUUCAGGAGGAUUUAUGUGCCUAUAUAUAUAUAUAUAUAUAUAUAUAAAUAUAAAGAUAUCUUA